AUGGCGACCACCCUGCGCCAUCAGAUCGAAGAAAACUAUUCGGAGAAUGCGGACCUCAUAGAUGAAGAUCAUUCAGGAGACCUGGAUGUCGGGGAGGUCGAGACGCUUCUUGCUGCCAUGGGCAUUACUGGUGUCCAGUCUCAGUGGGUUCUGCAAGCCUCCCUUAGGGGGGUGAGCAAAACGAGCCACCAAAGAGUGACAGACGCCAUCCUGCUCCAUGCAGAUAUUGAUGAGACCAAGCUUCAGAUCAUGCUGGGCCGAGUGGCCUUGUUCGGAAAAGUAUUCCGAUGGCUGGAUAUCGAUGGAGAUGGUCAGCUGAGCCUGCCCGAGAUUAUGAGGAUGAUGGAACUGCUGAACAUCGACCUGAAGCUGGCGGCGGAUUUGAUGGCCUUCCUGGACCUGGACGACUCGGGGGACGUGAACUGGCAAGAGUUCGUGCGGGGCGUCUGCAGCGAUCAGUUCGCGGUGCUCUUCCCGCAGAUCACCUUGGAAGCGCUGGUGGAGCUGCCCUCCAGCCUGCGCCGCAACAAGCUGGUCAGCAAAGAGGAGGAGCGCCAGGCCAUCCGCGAGCUGCCCGCGGUGGAGAAGACCUUGUACUGGGUGCUCUCCCUCAUGUACGGCACCUCCUCUGGAGGAUCUGACAAGCAAGAGGACGACUUAGCGGUGGAGAGCUGUGAGAUCCCGGUGCUGCAUCCCAGCAAGGACGCCAUCAAGGCGAAGGAGGAGAGGCUGGCCUUGGAGGAGAACUUCAAGCCGGGCCCCAUGCCACUGAGGACGCUUGCAGCCUCGGCCGCCGCUUCCGCGCACAGUGGCCCGGCGCCCUUUGCCGUGGCGGACAUCCCGUCCUUGGUGCAGACCAUGAACCAGUGCAGGGCGCAGGUCAUCACUCGCAAGGAGCCCAAAGGCUCCCACGAGAUCCAGCAGGCGGUUGUGCGCUGGUCCACGAAGCGGGCGGUGGUGGUGCGCAAAGAGGCCAAGAACCCCCACCUGGCGCGGCCCGCGGUGGUGCAGCCCAAGCCCCCGGCCUUCGCGUGCGCUUGGGCGUCGCCGCCGCGGGAAGCGCCGGAGCUGAAGUUGGAGCACUUCCCGGAGUUGGCGAUCCCGGAAGGCCAAGAGGGAAAUGGCCAAGAUGGCGCUCAGGACAGUCCCGCCAAGCUGAGCCCUGCUGGAACCCGGCGCAUUAGUCUGGGCAGCAAUGGGUUGCAGGCGGCGGCCCAGGCGGUGAGCGACGCCAUCAGCGGGGUGGCCAGCUCUUUGGCCUCGGCCUUCGGGAGCAUGUCCAAGGAGAGCAACAACAAGGUGACGAAGCGGAUGUCGGUGAAGGAGGCGGCCUCAGUGAUGAAGUCCAUGGACGUCAAGGUCACGAAGGCCCACGUGCUGACGGAAGCCAAGCGCAAGGGCCUCUGGCGCUGCAUGUACGCGGCCAUCUUCACGGGCGCGCUGGCGGGAGUUGGCGCCGCCUUUUUGGCGCAGAUGCUCAAUGAGUUCACAACGACCAUCGUGGAUGAGGAGGAGGACUACUUGCUUUGGAACACACUGGCGGGCAGCUUUUCGCUUUUGUGGUCCCUUGCAGAGAUGCUGGUUUGCUGCAUUGCAGCGCUGAUGGCCACAGUGAAGAUGACCCGCAUUUGCGGCAUCAUGCUGGUGCCCAUGGACAAGGAGCGCGCCAUGUUGGCGGGCAGCCUGGCGCGGUCCGCGCUGGAGCUGGGGCAUCCGAAGGUGCGCACCUUUGGCAUCGACCCCUAUAAGCGCGCCAACCGCUGCCUCCUCAUCUUCUACGCCUUGAUCUACAUGGGCAGCCGGGGCGUGACCAAGUUCCUGAUCAAGCUCAUCAUCAAGAAGGCCGCGCCCAGGACGUUUCUCAAGGUGGCGGAGGUAGCGCCCCUCGCCAUCGAGGUGGUCAUCAACGUGCUCUUCAACAUCGUGACGGUAAGAUACGCCAUGAACGAGGUGAUGAUCUGCUCCCUUGGGCCCUCUGCCACCGUGGAGGCCACCAGUCAGCUCAUCAAGGCCCAUCGAAAAUCUCUCACCGUGGAGGAGCCUUUGUCGGAUGAGCUGAAACUGCUUACCCUGCGGGCAGUCGGGGUGUCCAUCACCUACAAGAUGCAGCUACAUCCCAACAGCCGUUUCCUGCUGAACCACGCGGUGGGGCUCUUCGCGGACCAGAGCUUCGUGAAGCGCGCGAAGGCGGAGUACGGGGCCACGCUGGAGAAGAGGUCCCUGAAAAGGAGCAAGAGUAUGAAGUCCAACGCGCGCGGGGGGUGCUGCGGCUGCCGCUCUGAGCCCACGGCGCCCACGGAGGCGCUGCACGAAGAGCUCGCGGAUCUGGGCCUCGACGAGGAGGAGCUCUUCUUCAGCGGCCUAAGAGGUUUGAGCCACCGAGACGCGUUGUUCGCCUGCUCCAUGCUGGUCUUGGCGCUGAUGCUGGACGGGCGUAUCGCGCGCACGGACUGGGCCUUCAUCCAGCGGGCCGCGCAGAGUGCAGAGCCCCCGUUGGAGGCGAAGUGGGCCAGCGCGGUGUAUCUGCUCAACAUGUACUGUAAGGGAAAGCAAAUGAGUGCAGAGAUGUUUCACCAGAUUUUUGAGACCAGCGACGGGAAAGAGACAUCGGCGAGCUGCAGUGACUAUGUGUCAGACACGAUGCGCACCGUUUUGGAGUACACGAAUUGCUGCUGA